GUUGUCACAGUGUUCGGGGAAGUGAGACGAAAAAUUGAUUGUGGAGUGAUUUUAGCGAUUCUGACCAAUCUCCAGCACUUGGCGGAGUGUCGAGACUCUCGCCUGGCAGUGGGACAAUCCAUCCAGACACUGGACAGAGGGAUUGGGGGAUGAAGUAGAGUGUCGCGCAGCAGCAUAUGCCAAAGGAAUCCCAGUGAGAGACCCUUGCGUCCGGAAGAAUGUUCAACAGACUGAAGAAUCGCGUCCUGACCGUGGUGAGUCCCGAGGUGGCCAUGAUCCAGGCGCCUCAGGCCAUCGAUCACCACGGGAAAGUGCACCACCAGGGACAGAGGCUCCCGGACAAAUUCACAUACGCCCGGCCGCCCUUCCUGCAACUCGCCACGCACGACGAGCUGAAGGCCUCGGCGGACCACAAUGUGCGCCCCAUCAUCGUGCCCAGGGACAUCUCCACGCUGCCGUGGAGCACGGGCUACGCGGAGUGCGUGAACAGCGGCAAGUCGGAGUGGAAUGAGGAUCAGGCGGCGUUCCAGCGCCAGAUCCUGUCGCACCCGUCGAAGCAGUUCCCGGAUCUGCCCUACACGUACUUCGGCAUCUUCGACGGGCACGCGGGCUACGGGGCCGCCCUGGCGGCGGCCAACCAGUUCCACCACAUCCUGCACGAGAAGCUGGUGGACGUGCUGGACAUGCUGAUGCCUCGCCUGCCCGCCGCGGACGCCGUCCUGCCGCACACGCUGCUCUUCCACCGCAGCGUGAGCAAGGACGAGCUGAUCAUCGGCGCGCUGGAGUCCGCCUUCGCCGAGAUGGACGCCGUGCUGGCGGAGGACAGAGACAAGUACCGCAACGCCGGCGGCUGCACGGCUCUGGCGGCGCUCUUCAUCUUCGGCAAGAUGUUUGUGGCCAAUGCGGGAGAUUCGCGGGCAGUGCUGUGCCAGAGGGUGUCCACGGAUCUCCUGAAGGCGCAAAUAGUGCCGCACGAGCUCAAGAGCCCGGCAGAGACUGGCGAGGAGGACAAGACCUUCCGCAUCUUUCCCAUUCCCUUCUCGCACGACCACACGCCGGACACGGAGAAGGCGCGCCUCAUGUCCACGGCCAGGAUCAAUCCGGCCUUCAUGGGCGGCGAGUACAUCGCCAUGGAGUACGCGAAGAAGCCCAUGACGAAGGAUCUGGGCACGCGCAUCCUGUACCGCCAGGGCACAAUGAAGGGCUGGACGUACAAGACGCUCACGCGCGAGGACCUGAAGAUGCCCAUCGUCACGGGCGAGGGCAAGAGGAGCCGGCUGCUGGGCACGAUCGGCGUGACGCGGGGCUUCGGCGAUCACGACUUGAGGGCCAUCGGCAGCAAUCAGCCCAUCAAGCCCUUCCUCUCGCCGCAUCCCGAGGUCACGUACCGCGACCUGACCAAGGUGAUCUCCAUUCCGGGCGACGACAACGAGGACGGCGACUACGGCGUGCUCGUGAUGGCCACGGACGGGCUGUGGGACGUGGCGGACAGCGAGGCGGUGGCCAGGACGGUGUUCCAGACGCUCAGCAAGUACCCCACGGAGAAGCAUCGGUACACGAUGGUGGCGCAGGAGCUGGUGGCCAAGUCGCGCGGCCGCGUGAACGAGUCCGGCCACUGGCGCCUGGCGGACAGCAAGGCGGCCGCCACGGUGGACGACAUCUCUGUCAUCGUCAUCCCCGUCUACCAGUAUUACGUGGAGUUUCUGGAGUGGGAGAAGGCGUGCUUCGAGCGCGAGCGCGCGCAGGAGGCGAAGAUCACGCUCACGGACUCCGACACGGAGGAGAGCAGCAACAAGAUCUCCACCACGUCGGAUGAUGUGGACGUGAAUGGUGCGUGCGACGAGGAGGCGCCCGUGAAUGGGCAGGACAAGCUGGACGCCUUCGUGGAGGAGGCCAUCGAGGCGCAAUCAUCCACGUGAGACGCUUGCUAGGCAACUUCUCGCGUCCUCUUCUCAUCACCAGCAGCAUUUCUUCUCCUUUCCCUCCCCCGGAAAAUGUGAUUGUAAAUCGAUAGCGAUCUUAACUUAUUGGCACCUUUUUCCCGUUUCUCGCGACGACGCGCGCGCGCGCGCGCGCAGAUCCAUGGCAGAAAGGCACAAGAAAUGUGAGUGAUUUCCCGUCCGGGAAGUGACUGAGUCAUUUUGAUCAUUUUAGGUGAAAAUUCUAUUAUUAACAUUUGUUAGAGAGCUUUUUUAGCAGAUGAUUAAGUGUGUAACGAUAUUUAUUUGUUAGGUUUCCUCUUCUUUUUUAAGUGUGUUUUUUUGACUUGGAUCUGCACUGGGCAGAAUUGAUAAGGAAGGAGUUUAACAGUAGCGAUAAUAAUGAUAUUGGCACACGCACGUGAGGUGAAAAAAAAAAAUUAUGUGAAAUGCAAAGAGAAUUACGAACAAUAAGAGACAUUCCGAGAAUUUUUUUUUCGUCAGGAAGAAAGUGGACAACACUGAAGAAUUCCAAGACCCUCUCGAAAUCAGCCUCAUUUCAAGGUCUUUCGCAUAUGUAAAAUGUUUCAGUCUUUAGGCGCAAAAGAUUAGUGAGAAUGGCUCUAGCAAAUAGGGAGUAAAAAUAUUUAAGAGAGAGAAAAUAGCAGUGAAAGAUGUAAAAUGCACUAUUUAACUGUAGCGGUGAAGUUAUAAAUGAACUCACGCAAAUUGCCGUCGACACUCACC